AAUUGGACUUACAACCAUCGCAUCCCUCUCUCUGCACUCCUGGUUGCCUCUUCUUUUUAAAAAAUAUUUCCCCUCCUAACUGUUCAUCUGCCUCCCUGCACAGACUUACAGGGGCUUCUCUCAAACUUUUUCUACAAAGUUUGACUUUAUUUGUUGACUUUUUAUUUUCUCUCUCCGUCUGUGUCGGCGUGCGCAUCUGUGUGCGCACCGCUCAUCCAGUUGCGCACCCGGUCCUCUGCGUCUUGACAACUUUUCAGAGAACCCAGGAGCACGUGACAGUCCCCGGACCUCAAUUUAUUUAUUUAAUAAUUUAUAAUUAUAUAUUUAUUAGUUUUUAUCCGCUUCUGGACCAGAACCAAUAUGAAACUGCUGCUGGACUCCUCCUCUUCGCUGCUCUUGUCGCUGCUAUUGGCUCAGCUGCCUGUGUUCACUUCUGCCUCACCUGUACCUCACCGGCGCUCCAGCGACCUGGACAAACUGUCCAACCAGACCCGAAACCUCAUGAAGCUCACCCAAGAGCUGCUGAAGGAGCAUGCGUUUGACUCAGAUGUGGAGUCGCACAGGUUCAGAUCUCUGCCCGAAAUGAGCAACAGAUCAGCCAAUGACCUCAGUACUCUUGAGCUGAAGCCCACGCUCUCUCAGCUCCAUGCCGACCUGAAGCUCUAUGAACACCACUUUGAGUGGCUCAACCGGGUUUCAAAGAAGCACCAACACCCUGCAGUGCCCAAGCUAGUGGAGAUGAUCAAAGAAAUGAAAUCUCUCAUCAAUCUGCUGCACCGUCAGAUGCAGAGAAUUGAAGCACCAAAGCUGACAAACCCAACACCUUCCCUCCCUCCUCACCUCCCCUAUCACUUCGAUGUCCUGCAGUCCAGCCAUGAGCUCCUCCAACACUUCAAGCUCUUCUGCGACUGGGCAUACAGAGCAUUCCUCAGCCUCAAGCCCAAGGCUUCUCCGGUGCAAUGAUGACCCACGCAGCAGACGGCUGCAGAACCAGCACGAGGAUUUCAUCCUCAACCAAACUGCAAACAGGACCAUGUCAGUGUGCAAAAGAGGCCCAAGUGACAACAUCAGUGUCAUGUGUGUGUUGAAGAACGAGAGCCGAUAAGGAUGUGGCCUCACUGCAGCACGACCAUCAAGAAUCCCGUUAAAACUGUCACACCACAGCUAUCACUUCAAGAUUCUCCAGUUUCCCUUCUUAUGGCGUCACUUUGUGACCAUCGUUAUUUAUGUAUUUAUUUAUUUAUUAACUGUUAAUAAUUUAUUUAUUUUUAUAUUUAUUUGAAGUUGUAUUGUGUCUCUCUAGCCUGUAUCUCCUUACUAACGUGAAUUUAUUUGCCAAUAUCUUUGUAAUCUCUCCUGCGUUAAACUAGCUUCUCUCUGUUUCUCAAACAAAAAAAAAAUUAAAAAACAAAAAAACAAACAAAAAAACCCAAUAGCACUUUUUCAACCUGCAGCUUCUACAUUCUACUUUGUUUAAACUUAUUACAUUUUUCAUUUUAAUUGUGCAUUCCUUCAGCCAACCAUGUUUCCACUAGAUGUAGCAUCCGAGAAACUUCUCCCUUACAGUGGCAUUAAAGUAAACAAUUGUGCAAAUGAUAAUGUUACCCCCACAUGAUGGCAAAUAUACAACAUAAUAACUCACCAACUGAUGCCUUAUCAAGUUUUUUGCAUCUGUUUUUAAAAUGUCCAGCCGGUAACCAAAGAGAGGCAAACUAUUGUUUUGAACCCGAGACAGAGCUUCUAUUUUUCAAUUCUGACUCGUUAUGUACUACACAAGGAGGCGCGUGUAUUUAACAUUGUGGUAAAGUCAUUUGAAUGUGCCUUCUUGCUGAGCACUGAUGAUCCUGAUUAGAGUCUUUGCACAAACUUGUUGGGAUCGGCCUCUUGGAUGAAUGAGACGGCUGAUUUUGAAUUUGUGCUUUGGGCGAGAAAAGUUUUUAUUUUUUUGGUUAAACACCCAAAGCCUUAAAAUACUAUGUAUUGUGACACUAAGUUCUGUACAGGUGUACAUAAAUGUACAAGAAUGUAAAUUGUUGUAUACAAGUGCUAUGUGUAUAAUGUUUUCGAUAAGAAAAUGUAGAUUACCGGUUUUAUCACAAUUUUUAAUCAUUCCUAUUCUAGUAUUUGUUACAGUAUUGACUAUUUAUUUAAGUGACUUGGUGGAACUAUUUAUUUUGUGCUGCAGUGGAGCAAGUCUCCUUUCCUUUUUGUACUUUUAUACAGUUUUUAAUCUUAUUUGCUUUUAUUGUACCGUCUUGUUUAAGUUAUUUCUGUCUUAUCAAGAUGCCUCCUCCACACACUGAUUGGCCUCAAUGUGAAACGUGCCUUGGUGAAAUAAAUGCUAAAGAAUGUG